UCAGGUAGUUAAGCAGAAGUGCAUUGUUGAAAUGGUAGUUUACUCUGAUCUCGACCAAGCCUUGGCGCUGGCCUCUCUUCCCGGUGACGUUGACGGUUACAUUUCCAUUUGCGGUUACGGUUCCCUCCUCUCCGAAAAAAGUGCCAGAUCAACUUUUCCAAAUCUAACUAACUUCCGAACUGCCAGAUUAAACGGUUUCCGACGUCUCUUCUCCAUUGUAGGAGCUAUCUUCUUCACUCAUGGCAUCGCCAACCUUAAAACUCACGAAAUUGCUGGCCUCUCUGCUGAGCCUUGUGAAGAUGAAACAAUUAUAAUUACUGUUUUUGAUAUUAACAAAACUGAGAUUCCAGCAUUUAUCCAAAGAGAGCGUGGAUAUAGCUUUUUACCUGUUUUUCCUGAAUCAUUAGAUGGAAAGCCGUACACCAAUCCAGCAGUUCUUUGUGGAUCUUACACUGAUGAGGAAUUCUUUAAAUAUAGAUGCCCUGAAGGAAAGGAAACAUACUUUCGACAAUAUGGAGAGUAUAAGAUCCAUAAGAUCUGGCGGGAUGACGCAUUACCUUGCCGUGUUUAUCUUCGACAUUGUGUCCUAGCCGCAAAAAGCCUCGGCGAUGAGGCUUACAAUAACUUCUUGGACCAUACCUUCAUUGCUGAUCGAAAAACAACAAUACGCCAAUACUUUGAGAAAACGGGCACAAGCAUCAUGGAAGAAGAGCCUCCCGAAUCAUUAAAAACACGUUACGGGGGCUGAUCAGAUCCAAUAGUACUCCCCACACUUUGGAUAUGUGAUAAAUAGAUGAUUGCUUUCUUUUCAAGGAUCACAUUAGAAACAUGUCCAAUACUGAUGAGUGUGGAUCAUAUGCGGCCAUUGCAUGGUACAGCAGCCUAGCACGUACAGAAAACUAUGUAUAGAUUCAAAGAUUGUGAACUCCCAUUGUUGGUUAUAAUAAUUCGUAUGUAAAUAAAUAAAUCUCAUUUAGAAGCUGCCGGUGCCAGUGUGACUGAGAAAUUUAAUGCAGGACCAUUUAGAGUUUUGUCAUCGUAAAUAAAAUUGAAUGCACAAAGUAUGCACAACCACAAGCCUAAUUCAUCUCAAAACCACAUACCCAAUAACAGCUAGACCGUUAAGACUUUUGCUUAAGGCCUAGCCUCAUUUUGUUUUUACUACAUAUACUUAGAGAUCAUUGAUCAAACUUAUGAUUUUGCGAGGCAUUCUCUUUAAAUUUUCCAUUAAAUUUUAACUUUUUUAAUAUUGAUUUAACGAUCGAAAAAAAUACUGAAUGCAUUAAUGUGGCAAAUUGGUGACAGUGGAAGUAAGGAAUAAUGGUCCCCGAAAAUUUGUCAAACUUGUUGUCUACUCUCCGCCACAUAUUAUGGUGGCCAGUUAAUGCAAUCUUGUCUCUUCAAGAACUCCCACUUGUUGCAUAUACAUGAAGAGAUGUCUUGAAAAAUUACAUCCAAAAAAUUUGACAGAAAAAAAUGGAAAUCUCUAAAACCAGUGAAAUUUCAGUGGCAACAAAACCUGACUAUGAUAGAGUAAGCGAGCUGAAAGCUUUUGAUGAAACAAAAGAGGGUGUUAAAAGACUUGUUGAUGCUUCUAUCACAAGCAUCCCUCGCAUGUUCCAUCACGAAAUUGAUAAAGAUUCAGCUUCAUCUUCAUCUUCAAGUAGCACCACCAAACUUGUUGUUCCUUCUGUUGAGAUGCAAUGAGGGACUCGCAGCUGUUUGCCAUUACUAUCCUUCCUGUCCACAACCGAAUUAACCUUUGGAAUAACCAAACAUACCGAUAAUGACUUUAUCACCGUGCUUCUACAAGAUCAUAUCGGUGGCCUAC